AUGGUUGUGAUUAUUGAUGGAAUGAUGGAAUUUUGUGGUGCAGCAACACUCUUAAAUAAGACGUGGAGCAGUAUCAAAGCAUAUCGGCUGAAACCUUUACGGUACUUGUAUUCUAUGCAAGGAGGGGCACAACGCACUUCAUCAUUCGUUUCAAAUCGCAUUCUAUUGGGUCUUUUCAGUUGUUGUCUCCCAGGUUCCUGUAACUCGAAAGCCAAACUGCGCACAAAGAUGGCUGAACCAGUCAUUAUUCCUGCACGUGGUAAACAUACGGCAACUAUCAUAUUUCUUCAUGGUCUCGGUGACACUGGCCACGGCUGUCCAACAAGAGCGGUUACAUUAAAUUUUGGCAUGCAAAUGCCGGCAUGGUAUGAUCUGUAUGGGUUAACACCAAGUGCGGAAGAAGAUGAAGAAGGCAUUAAUGAAUCAACAAUGAUCUUACAUUCCAUGAUUGAUGCCGAAAUUGAUUCUGGCAUUCCAUCGGAACGUAUAAUGGUAGGAGGUUUUUCAAUGGGUGGUGCAUUAGCACUCUACGCUGGAUUAAUCUAUGAUAAACCGCUUGCUGGAAUAAUUGGUCUCAGUUCAUUUUUGGUCCAACGAACAAAAUUGCCUGGUAAUCAUACGGCUAACAAAGAUGUACAGAUAUUCAUGGGCCACGGUGGUCAAGAUUUCUUAGUACCUCUUUCGUUUGGCGAAAUGACAGAAGCAUAUAUCAAAGCUUUUAAUCCAAACAUAAGGAUGAAGGUAUAUCCAAGAAUGGCACACAGCAGUUGUCCCGAGGAGCUUGUUGAUACUAAAGAAUUUAUUGCACAACGGUUACCAGUAAUAUGA